AUGCCCCUCUUUCGCCGUAAGCACAAGCCGUCUGCUGCCGCGUCUGCAUUCCGAUCUGUCGAGCAUCUGCCCGCUGCCCCUGGCGUCUACCCCGACGACGAUCUCGACCGUCGUUUCUCCGUCUCCACCUCCCGCGAGCGACUCCCUCCAUUGCCUGUCACUUCAUCCUCCACCAACAACACCAACACCACCACCUCCCCGCCUUCUUCCACUGCUGUCAACACCACCAACACCAUCGCUUCUACUUCCACCUCCACCACGCCCGGUGCCUCUCCGCAACUCUAUCAACACGAUAAUAAUACCCAGGAAUUUUCCACCCAUCCCCUGCGUCGUUCCAAAAGCCAGCGUCAUACCAGCCCGCGAGGCAACAACAGUAACGACAACACUCCGUCGUGGCCGCUGCCACCCGAGCCACUACAACCCGUCGAGCCAGAACCUCGCAAAUCCCGUCGCAGUCUCUUCUCGCUUCACUCGUCUGCAGCCGCGCGCGACCAGUCCGGAAUUCUGCAGCGCAGCCGGUCGGUCAAAAAAAUCUCCACGGGUCGAUCCUCCAAACAACAGCGACCGUUGUCCAUAGACACUACGUCCGAACGCCGCCCGGGAACCUCUUGGUCGAGAGAGCAUGAAUUAGACGCCCCGUGGCCCAAGGUUCCUCAAGCCCGUCGACCCCAACAACCGCCGCAACAACAACCGCAGCAGCAGCAGCAGCAACCGCCGGCGUCAAUUCAGGGUCAGGCACCUCAGCCUCAGCCCCAAUCACAAACCCCGACGCCGUCCCAUACUCCUGCAGAAUCUCCGGUUCAGCCUCCGCGGAACCACCCUCAAGCACAACAGCAGCCAGCGAGUCGAUCACCCAUGCCGCAGAACACAGGUCCGACGCCGACGCUCGACACCCGACCUCCUCGUUCACCGCAUCCUUCCGUCCAACGCUCCAAUACCGACAGCGGCCUGCUGGAACAUCUGACUCGCCCGUCACCGGUGGAGCCGUCCCGACAGCCCGCUGACUUGGCCCCAACACCGCCCCAACUGGACCCCACGGUCGGCCCUCGACCUUCUUCCCGCCAAUCCCUUGGGCCCCCUUCACCAUUACGCCCACUCCCCGUUCAUCCAGACACGGUUGCCAGUGGCAUGCCCGACCGUCCAUCCGCGCCCCCAGGACAGUCUCCUGUCCCUGGGCAUUCCCCUUAUCCGGAAGCUGGCUUCCGGAACAACACUGCGUCGACGCCAGAGCAGGGCCGGAACACGCCCAGUUCGCGUGAGAGCCGACGUGAUCGUGAGGAUGCCGAGAUAGAUGUGCGGGCUUUGGUCCAGAAGCAUGAUGAGCUUCAGGCCAAAUACUCCAAGGUUAAGCGUUACUACUUCGAAAAGGAAGCGCAGGUACAGCACCUUCAGAAUACCGUAGCACACCAACGUAUGGCCGUGUCCCGCACCGUGCUGGACGACAACGAGUAUGCCAAUCGGUUCGGUCGACUGGACGGUGCGAUCAAAGAUCUAGCCUUUUCCAUUCGCAAGGACUGGGCGACACUGCCCUCCUGGCUGAACGGGUUCGUCAAUGACGACGCACACACCACGGGCACCAAAGAAAUGACCGCGAUCGGCCGGGCGGUGGUGAGCCGGUGGUUAGUCGAGGAACUGUUCGAGCGCUACUUCCACCCAGCCUUGGAGCCCACCUUCAGCCGACAGCUGAAAAGCAUCGAGAUGAACCUGCGACGACAGCAAGCGCAGCCGUCUACAGAAGAAGACAAGGAGAACGCGAUCGCGCGCAUCUCCAACUGGCGGCGCACCACCCUGGACGGACUCACGAACCUGCAGGGUCCGCAGGCGGACGAGUACCGGGUCCAGCUCAUCGACCGACUGAUCAACAGCCUGGUAGCGACGCUGGUAGCACACUUGCACGACCCGCCGCCCCCGGGGCUGGACAACGGGGCGCGCAUGAUCGUGGAGAACGCCGUGGGCAUUGCCGAGAAGAUCCCGCUGGAGUCGCGCGACAUUUGCGUCGAGUACAUCCUCCCAGGCACAGUCGUCCAGGAGGGUACCAUGAAGGUCGAGACGGGGCUGCCGCCACUGACCCAUGUGCGGACCGAGUCUGGUGGCUCCGCCGAGCAGGAGCGGGCAGAGGGCCCAGACGAGACAGAGGGAGGCGACCCUGGACCGCCGCAGCGGGAGCAGCGCAUGCGGUCGGUGUUCAGCUCGUUGAUGGGACGGCGUCCAGGACCGUCCGCACCAACCGGGGAGACUCGAGAGGAGCGCGAGCGCGGACCGGGACGUAUCCGAUUUGCGUCAUUUGUGACGGCAGAAGUGAGAGGAAAAGGACCGAUGAAUGUACUGGUGAAGGCGCCUGUAUAUGUAGAGUGA